AUGGUAACCAACGUCGCUGGGUCUGACAUCCGGUGUAACGUCGGUGGAACGCAAGGCGUCGGUGCCAAAUGCCCUGUCAAGGCCGGCGGCACAGUAACUAUUGAGAUGCACGCGCAACCCGGCGACCGAAACUGCAAGAACGAAGCGAUCGGCGGCUCCCACUACGGCCCCGUAAUCGUCUACCUCAGCAAAGUCGAUAACGCCGCCUCUGCCGACGGGUCCUCAGCCUGGUUCAAGAUAUUCGAAGACGGCUGGUCCGCCAAGUCCGGCGCGGGCUCCGGCGACGAUGACAACUGGGGCGUCAAAGACCUCAACGCCUGCUGCGGCAAGAUGGACGUGCCCAUCAGCAAGGACCUCGCCGACGGCGACUAUCUCCUACGAGCCGAGGUCAUUGCCUUACACACUGCCGGGUCUUCUGGCGGUGCACAAUUCUACAUGACAUGCUAUCAGAUCUCGAUCUCUGGAGGUACUGGCACGGCCAAACCUUCGACCGUCAGCUUUCCUGGAGCGUACAAGGCGAGUGAUCCCGGUAUUCUGGUGAAUAUUCACAGCAAGCUGUCUGGGCUCCGGUUGUGGCAGUGGAUGUGCCUCGACUUGCGAUGCUAG